AUGGCCCCGAAGAUCUUUUCAAAAAUUUUCAAACGCAAAAAGGAGCAGCCCCCCGGCAUCCCACCCAAAGAAUGGGCGCCAAAUGCAAUCGGAAUCUCGGAUUCCACUUGCGAGAUCAACGGCGAUGUAUCCAAUCGAUGGAAGCUUCCUAUACCGGCACCAAAAUAUCGCACGGGCGAGAUUGGCGCUCGCCCUCGAAACCCUCAGAAUCAGAGUAUUUUUUUUCGCCUACCAGUCGAAAUAAGACGGAUGGUAUAUGUUGAGCUCAUGGGUAAUCGACGAGUACAUAUUCGACAUGUCUGGAAAGACCCUUCGCCAUUCAGGCCGCGACCAAAGCACAAAGGACUUCAGUGGGAUUGGUGGCAUUGCGUCUGUGCCGAUUCCGAUACUUUUCCAGAGGACCGAAGAUUUGACUACUGUAGAACUUGGGUUGAUGAGGCGGCCGAGAAGAAGAAAGCGCCGAAAAUCAACGGCGUGGAAUGGUUGAGGAGCUGUCAAAUCGGCUACGAGGAAGCAUUGGAAGUGCUUUAUGGGACAAACGUGUUUGCGAUGAACGAUGCAUUGGAUACGCCUUUCACGAUUUCGAGGAAAUUUUCAUCUCGAUGUGUCUCGCUCCUGACCUCGAUAGAUAUAUCGAUUCCGGUUGGUCUUUGGAAUACCGAGAUGCCGGAAAAUGAUCUAGCAGGAACAUAUUGUGCGAUGUUCGAUUUAUUUGAUCGGACAUUCCGUGGUUUACGUUCUCUACGACUCGAGCUCCGAAUGCCAGCAUAUGACCCAUUUGUCGAGGAUUUCGGGGAGGCCAAGAUGAAGUCCAUCCUUGAGCCGAUGGACCGACUGUCAAAAACCAGAUCUUGGACUCGUCUGCAACUUUGCGUCCCGGCUCUUUGGUACAUACACUUUAAGAAUUCCAAAGAAACAAUGGGUCGGCAGGCCGAGUGGGAGCUCACAGAGACGGAUUGGGCUAUGUUUUUCUUUACUCCUUGUGUUGGCAUGACUUAG